GAAAUACGAAAAUUCCCAAUCCCACCGAAAUUAAAAUUCGGUACAUUUCAUCCACACCGACGAACAUCCCUCUCUCUCUCUCUCUUCUGCUACAACCCGACGAUACACUGUCCGCUGGCAAAGAUUCCUCUGUUCGGCUCUCCAUCUCUCUCUGGAAACCCUAAUCUAUCCUGAUCUCCAAUUCACCGCCAUGUCUCUUUUCCUUAUCUCCUGAAGAAGUCGUUCUCAAGCGCACACACAGAGGCGUGAGGGAGGGGGGAGAGAGAGAGAGAGGGACGCGGACGGCUCAAAGCUCAACUCUCGAGGUUCCUCUUUCUCUCUCUCUCUCUCUGGCUCUCUAGAUGGGCUGCGCAACCUCCAAGGUGGACGAUCUACCUGCGGUGGCGCUCUGCCGCGACCGCCUCGCCUUCCUCGACGAAGCCAUCCGCCACCGGUACGCGCUCGCGGAGGCUCACCUUGCCUACACCCACUCUCUAAGCCAGGUGGGAGUGUCUCUUCACGAAUUCUUCAGUGUUCCCGCCGGUGACGCUUACCCCGAUUCCUCUCCCGUCCUUAAUCUGCCCCCUCAGAAGAAGAAGGCCGAUCCCGUCGAUCUUGUCCCCGAGUCCUCGGCCGCCGUCGCUCGUCACUCUCACUCCGAUUCCGGCUCCCACCUCCACUUCCACUCCGAUUCCGACGACGACUACGCCGCCUCUGGAUCUUUGCAUCAUUCGGAUCACUCCUCGCCGCUCCACGAUCACGGCCAACAUCUCGAUUACGCGGAUCAUGAGGAUUUUUCUUUCACUGGUGGAGGAGGUGGUGGUUAUAUUAUGAACAUUAAUUACAUGAGGAAUCGAACGACGCCGUCGGUGGUGUACGAGCAGCGGCCGAUGCGUCCGGAGACUGGCCACGUUGGCGAAUCUUCUACCUACCAUCCCUACAAUAACAACCCGAGUUCUUCUUAUACUUCUUAUCCUUACGAUGGCGCGUAUCCGAAUUAUGGGGGUGGGAUGAACGGUUACUUCGGCUCGCAGCCUCCUUAUGGGUCGCCCGCUCCGGCGGGGCCGUCGUCCUCUGCUCCGAAAUCUCCGCCUCCACCGCCGUCGCCGCCGAGGAGUUCCCCUUGGGAUAUGUUGAAUUUCUUUGAGACUGUUGAGAACAAUUACGCUCCCUACACUCCCAGUCGAGACUCCAAGGAGGUGAGAGAAGAGGAGGGGAUUCCUGAUUUGGAAGAUGAGUAUAGUUACCAGCAAGAGGUUGUGAAGGAAGUCCACGGGAAUCAGAAGUAUGUCGAUGAUGGUGGUGGCAGCAGCGGCGGCGGCUCUGGUGCUGGUGCUUCUGACGUAAAUUACCGCAAAUCGGUUGACAAAGGCGGUGAUGGGGAAGCGCUUUACCAGGCUAGGCCAAGCAUUUCGAUUGAGAACGAUGGUGAUCCGGUCGAGUACGAGGUGCACGUGGUGGAUAAGAAAGUUGUUGAUAAGGAGAAGACGGAGGAAGGCGGCAAUGUGGGUGGUUUUAAAGGUCACGGUGGUCCGAGAGGAGUUUCGGAGGUGGUGAGUGAGAUUCAGGCGAUGUUUGAGAGAGCUUCACAGUCGGGGAAGGAGCUCGCGAAGAUACUUGAAGUGGGAAAGCUUCCGUAUCGGAAAAUUGCUGGGUAUCAAGUUACUUCCAAGAUGUUGCAUGGAGUUGCUCCUUCAUUACCGGUGGCAUCCUCUCAUCCUUCCGCCUCUAAGAAUGCGGAGUCAUCUGCUGGGAAUGCUGCUUUGGCUGGUCUGGAAUUUGAUGAAGAUGUGGGGGUGAGGUCAAUAAAUAUUUCUUCUACCUUGCAGAAGUGUUACCUUUGGGAGAAGAAGCUCUACGAUGAAGUUAAGGCUGAGGAAAAGUUGAGGGUAGCCCACGAGCAGAAGUGUCAAAAGCUUAAGAACUUAGAUAGAACGGGUGCUGAGGCUCAUAAAGUUGAUUCAACUAGAACUUUAAUCAGAAGCCUCUCCACAAAAAUAAGAAUUGCAAUUCAGGUUGUAGACAAGAUAUCUGUGAAGAUAAAUAAGCUAAGGGAUGAAGAGUUGUGGCCACAGAUAAAUGAAUUAAUUCAAGGGUUAUCCAGAAUGUGGAAAUCAAUGCUAGAGUGCCAUCGUAGUCAGUGCCUGGUCAUCAGAGAAGCUAGGAGUUUAGAUGCUAUAGCGUUCCAGAAGCUUAGUGAUUCUCAUCUGCAAGCUACAUUGAAGCUCGAACAUGAGCUUAUUAAUUGGACUUUAAGAUUUUCUAGUUGGAUUGAAGCCCAGAAAGGUUAUGUGCGGGCCUUGAAUAAGUGGCUCAUGAAAUGUAUUCUGUACAUACCAGAAGAAACGGCCGAUGGAAUAGUGCCCUUUUCACCUGGUAGGAUUGGUGCACCCCCUUUGUUUGUAAUCUGUAACCAAUGGUGCCAAUUGUUGGAGGGAAUAUCUGAGAAGGAAGUGAUUGAUUCUAUACGAUAUUUAGCCACGAGUGUUCUUCAGCUCUGGAAACGAGAUAAGUUAGAAAUGCGCCAAAGGAUGUUGGCAAACAAGGAUUUGGAGAAGAAAGUUAAGAAAUUGGAGAGGGAGGACCAGAAGAUACAAAAGGAGAUCCAUGCAUUAGACAAAAAGAUGGAAUUGAUUUCUGGGGAAGGCAAUGGACUCUCAAUAACCGGAGAGAUUGUGUAUCAGAGUGACACUAGCAACAGCAUACAGGCAAGUCUGCAGCAUAUUUUUGAAGCCAUGGAGAGGUUAGCAGCCAAUUCCUCUAGAGCUUAUGAACAGCUCCUGCAACGAAGUGAAGAGGAGAGGCAUGCCCAAGAGCAUGCACAAGCUUCAUAGUUCUGUUCAAAGAGAUGAAACUGUGGCUUCUUCGCUUAUGAAAUUUAUGAUUUGGUAUGAUGUCCACUUCCAGUUCUCCGUCCCGAUAAACAUCCAAUGCAUUCUUGAGGGUUUUAUGAAAGUGGUUUUAGACAUGGUCAGUCCUUUGCUUUGGCUUAGCUGGUUUGUGUCAUCCACCUCAAGGAGUUCAGCCUGGAAUAAUUACGUUGGAUGGUAACAGCAGGUGGCCUGGGAAUUGCAUUCCUGAUCUCAAGAGAAGGUAAUUGUUUUUGUCCCAGCAGAACCAGGCAAUCAAUUUCAUCAGCUGAAAUAUCAUCAGAGGUAUUUGAAUGGCGACGAGGACGUUAAGGCUGUUGCCAACCCAAGUGGGGUGAUGCUCGAAAUGUUAGGACCCUAGUUGGAUUUAAGGAUGUGAGGGGGGGCAUUCACCCUAUGCAGAUUUAGUUGGGAUGCAGUGCACCAUCAGGUCAGAUUGUCCUCCAAGGGAGCGGAAUUUGCUUCCAGUUUUGCACGAGGAUGAUGAGUUUUCCCUAGGCUUUAUGGGCUGUGAGAGCGGGACGCAAGUCCAGUAAUGCCCAGAUAAGUACCAGAUCUUGUAUUAUAAAUUAGUUGCUUUUUUUUUUUUUUUGUUAAAUUGUUUAAAUCAUAUCAUUGUACAGAUAACUUGUUGAAACUAAAGCAUGUGGAUACCCACCCACCUUCAAUAGA